AUGGCAACGGUGGCUUCGCCGCCAGAUGCUGGCCGUGUCAAGAAGCCGAAGCUGGAAGAGACCCUUGUGAAACUGGAGGGAAAGAAGCUUCGUGCGGGCACUGUACCAUGGCGAUAUGUGGGUCAGUCAGAGAUUGAGGUGUUCUUGAUUGAAGGUCUCAAUACUCCUGGAUUUUGGACAUUUCCUGCUGGAUCACUCGAUCCCGGGGAGGAAGUCUCUCGCUGUGCCAGCCGUGAAACCUUUGAAGAGUGUGGAGCACGAGGAAAUCUCGGUUGCUUCCUGGGUGUGUUUGAAGAGAAGAAUCGAACCUACCUUUUUGCCAUGGAAGUCACCUCUGUGGAUGAUGCAGGGAACGACAUUUGGCACGACCCACAUUCAUCCUAUGAAGGUAGUGGCGACAGGCGUCGGGGUUGGUUUAGUCCUGAAUCUGCCUGGUCACGCUUAAAGAAAGAUGGCCCUGCCAUGCUGGAGACAUUCUUGGCCGUUCCCGUUCACCAACGUCGGAAUCUGCGCCGCCCGCGAGAAAUCAGGUCGAAAGUCCAGCUUUGCAUUCUAGGUGUCGGUGAAUCUGUGAACCUCGUGAGGAAGCAUUGCUCCCAGAAAAUGGACGUGGAAAUUCUUCCGGCCAGUGUUGCCCUCACAGCCUCAAGCUGCUCUGAAGCCCAGAAGUUCGCCAUUGUAGCUGCCACCCUGUGGGAGGCUCACGCGGUGGUUUGCGUGGGUGGCAAAGAGAUCCUCUAUGCCCUGGCAAUGGCUUCGAGCAGCAAUUGCGCAACUUUGUUUGUAGCCACAGAACCAUUGAACCACCCCUGGAUGCUUGAAGGAGACUCUCGGGUGGUUUCCACACAUUUGCUUUCUGCAGGCUUGCAGGAGGAGGAGAAGGCGGACACAUGCAGUUUGAUUGAUGACUUCCUGGAGAAGGUCAAAGCCGAAGCAAAAACUCUUUGA